AUGGCUUCUGAGGAGAUCGUACAAGAGGAGCAGCAGCAACUGAAUGGGGACGAGUUCGCCGCCAGGGACUACGCUGACCCGGUGCCGCAGCCGGUGCUGGGCACGUCGGAGCUGCAGAGGUGGUCGCUGUACCGCGCGGCGAUCGCCGAGUUCGUAGCGACGCUGCUGUUCCUCUACCUGACGGUGGCCACCGUGAUCGGGCACAAGCGCCUGUCUGAAGACGACGCCUGCGGUGGCGUCGGCCUCCUCGGCAUCGCCUGGGCCGCCGGCGGCACGAUCUUCCUGCUCGUCUACUGCACUGCCGGCAUCUCUGGUGGACACAUCAACCCGGCGGUGACGUUCGGGCUGCUCCUGGCGCGGAAGGUAUCCCUGCUCCGCGCGGCGCUCUACAUGGCCGCGCAGUGCCUCGGCGCCGCCUGCGGCGCCGGCAUCGUCAGGGCGCUCAACUCGGCCCACUUCGUGCAGCACGGCGGCGGCGCGAACGUCGUAGACGCUGGCUACUCCAAGGGCGCCGGGCUGGGAGCCGAGGUCGUCGGCACGUUCGUGCUCGUGUACACCGUCCUCUCCGCCACCGACGCCAAGCGCAGCGCGCGCGACAGUCACAUCCCAGUGCUGGCUCCCUUGCCGAUUGGCUUUGUGGUGUUCGUGGUGCACCUGGCCACCAUUCCAAUCACCGGCACCGGCAUCAACCCGGCAAGGAGCUUCGGCGCCGCCGUCGUGUACAACCAGAGAAAUGCCUGGGCUGAUCAGUGGAUAUUCUGGGUGGGACCACUCAUCGGGGCAGCCAUCGCCACGCUCUACCACGAGCACGUAUUGAGGGCGAGUGCUCUCAAGGCACGAGGCUCUUUCAAGGACAGAGUGUGA